GGGAAAACAGAUUGCGUCACUGAACUGCGACGUCCAUCUGAACCUUGCUGCGUGAUGGAGGUGUACGGGUCUUCAGGUGUGUCUCUGAGGGAGUUCGGCUGUGAACAGAGUUUACUGUCCCGACCUGACGGUUCGGCAUCCUUCAUCCAAGGUAAGACCGGGACCGGAACACGAAACACCGACAGUUAAAGGCGGUUCUGAGUGUUUUAGUCUGCGGCGGUACGGGAGACCAGGUCAGGACCAUACAAUGUAUUUACUAUAUACUAUAAACUUCUACAUCCAGUCUAUGGUCAGGACUGUUUUUAACCGGUUUAGAGAAACGUGAAGAUGCUGAAGGUUCGAGUCUGAGUUUACAGAGGCUGACUGGAACCUCCUAUCUUCUGACUAAUAAACUAACUCUUCAUAUAAACAAAUGAAACUUCAUGAUCUUCUGCUACAAAAACUAAUCUUAUCAAAAUAUUAAUUAAUGGAACAGAAAUCUCUCAGGUACCCCACUCCACUUUUUGGAUGUUGUCUUCGAUGAGGGUCUAAAGUAGAACAAUCACAUCAGUCAAGUUUGUGAAAGGUCAAUGAGGAUUUUCGGUAUAAUCAAUAAAGUCUGUCCCCUGAUCAAUCCCUCUGCUCACUUUUCUUUCUAUUAUAGCUUCUUAUUUCCUUACAUGGAUUAUUGUAAUACUGUCACGUCUCCAACUGACCUCAAGAAAUUAUUAUUAAUCCAAGAGAGAUUCUUCAGAAUGUUAUCUUGAUCCAGCAGACAUGAACCUUCUGCUCCUCUCUUUACUAAAUACUCAAUUUGUUAACAUGAUUAUUUAUAAACUGUGUAAAUUAUUAAUCUGAAUCUGUGAGCUUCAUGGGGGAUUAUUCUUAUGUUUGAUACAAGAGGAGGAAACUUCUUGUAUCUUCGGUACAUGUUACAGAUGUAUUCUGACUUCUGUCUUUUUCAUUUCAUUUAUUUAUUUAUUUUCGAACAUGUGCAACACAAGAAAGUAAACUGAAAACAAACAAACAAAACCUGUGAGAAUUUAUAGUAAAAAUAAUAAAAUAUGAAUAAUAACAAUGUGAACGCAACAUGUUAGAAAAGGAGUAGGAUGCAGCAUUAUGCUUUUUUAAAGCGUACCCCUCCAUCUUAACUCAAUAACCAGUCAGUCUUCAGCAUGUUUACAGUAUAUUAACAAAAAAAUAGAACAUAACUAGAGUAAAUAAGUACAUAUAAUAUAAGUAUAAUAAGUUCAUUAAUCAUUUAUGAAAACACCCGAUCAUUAAAGCCCUUCUUCCUCUUUGUACCUGCUGACAACCGUGUUUUUUUACCACUUUUUUAAAUGAUCUUUCAUUCGUUUUCUCACAUUUUUACUUGAAUCAUCAAAGAUUUUCUCUCUCCAUUAAUUCUCAUUUGUUGCCGUCCUGUAUCUGUAACUCACUCUUUUAUUCUUCUGUGAAGGAGACACGAGUGUGUUAGCCGGAGUGUACGGACCCGCCGAAGUCAAAGUCAGCAAGGAAAUCUAUGACCGGGCAACUCUGGAGGUGCUGAUGCAGCCCAAAGUGGGACUGCCGAGUGAGUGAUAAUCCAGACGGAAAAAUCAUUUCUCAUUUAUCAGCCUGAGGAGAGUGAGGAAGAGUCUGAAGCAGCUCCUGGAUGUUUAUGGGAUGAAACUUGUUUGUCUUUUUAUUCUUUAGUUUCUCCCACUUUAAAGUUUAACUGAAUAACUUCAUUACAAAUAUUUAUAACAGCUAAGUCAAAAUUAAUCAAAUCAGAAGUUUUCAUGUGAGGACUAGAGACAGGACUGAAUGAGCUUGUUGGAAGUUUUCGUCUUUAUCAGAUCUUUUAUUUUUUUUUAUCAGGUGUACGGGAGCGAUCACAGGAGCAGUGUGUGCGAGAAACCUGUGAGGCCUCUCUGCUCUUGUCUCUUCACCCUCGCUCCUCCCUCACUCUCAUCCUCCAGGUGUUACACGACGAUGGCUCAGUAUCCUUCACUAAAACUCUCUGCUGUCUUUAGUUUCUGAGUUGAUUGGACAUGUAAAGUAUAAAACAUCCUAAACUGCUCUCCAGCUCUUGUCGUGCUCUUUGAAUGCAGCCUGUAUGGCUCUGAUGGAUGCAGGUCUGCCCAUGAGUUGCCUUUUCUGUGGAGUGACCUGCGCCAUCGACACAGAGGGGCGAAUCAUCACGGACCCGACAGCAGCACAGGAGAAGGUAGGUCACCCCAGAGCACUCUGAUAUGGACAGGAAAAUACUUCUACUUCAAAAUCACUCUUCUCUUUACUAAUUUUUACAAUCACUCCAUCAUAUUCAUAAUCCUCGCUGCAUUCUUUAAUUUUGCUCAUCUCUGUAUCCUCUCUUACCAGGAAAGUCGAGCGUUAAUGACCUUCGCGAUUGACAGUAAAGAACACAGAGUGUUGAUGUCGGCAACCAAAGGAUCAUUUUCAGUGAACGAGGUCAGUAAAAACUCUGAAACACGAAACCAUCUUUGUACUGUUUCCAAAAACACUGAAUUUAGAGGUUCAGAUGUGGUGUAGCGACUGUUUUCCUUCAACAAAAAGGCCGCUGAGGUUCAGGUUCGCUUCCAUCUGUGACUCGUUCAAUUAUCAGUCCAGUUUGAGUGUUAAAAAAAGUGAUUUAUUGUUCCAAAAAAGAAACGAAAACACUCUGAUCCAGGGCCAAAACUUUUGCCUUCGAAUGAAAAAGUUAUGCGAUGAUAUGAGGUUAAAACGGUAUGAGUGAAACGGUGAAAGACAAUCAGCGCUGACUAAAAACCUUUGUCUGACUACAACAGUGAGAUUUUAAUAACCUGCCAAACAUCCCAAAACCACACCCCUCAGUGACGUACUUAUUCGAAAUCAUAUCCUAAACAAAUAUAUUCUGGCUCUUACAUGGAGGUUUAUGAUGUUUAUGUUUGUCUACACCAUAUUGAAGGAUGGUCUGUUCUUCUCUUUUCCAGCUGCAGCAGUGUAUCGCAGUCAGUCAGAGCGCCUCAGAGAAGAUCUUCCAGUUUUACAGAGACUCUGUCAGACGUCGAUACUCCAAAACCCUCUGAUCAUCUUUUUUUGUCUUUUGUUUUUCUAAUGAAGUAAAUAUUAAAGUUUUGAUAAAAUAGUCUGAAACUGC